CUAUAAAAGCAAAUCUAUCAAGGCCAAACUGUUCUGAAUUAAUCUCUAUCCCUUCAAAAACACUUUUUCUUCCUUUCUUUCUUUCUUUCUCUUUCUUUAUUUUUUUUUUGGUUUUUUUUGCAACCAUGGCUGACUACCCUUACUCAAAUUUCUUCUCGGGUUGGUUCAAGUUCAACCCUCUUCAACAUUACCCACCUCCAAACCCUCCUCCCCAACAACCUUCUUCCUAUACCCAAAAUUACUUCUAUAGUAGCAACACCACCUUCAUGACAAAUGAAACCAAUCCUUUUUUUCACUACCAAACCUCAUCAUCGUCACCUCCUUCCCCUCCUGUUAGAGAAGCCUUACCACUAUUGAGCUUGAGUCCCACAAGGCAUGACAAAGACGAGGAAGUACAGGAUGAUGAAGAUCAGGAUCAAGAGCAUUCUUGCACCGCCAUGGAUGUAGACAAGAGCAAAGGGAAAGAGGAAGGGCGGCUGCUCUUCACUAACAGUGCUGGCGGUGCUUCUGCUUCUGCUGCUGAAGAUGAAACUGUUACUGUUGCACUCCAUAUAGGGUUACCAAGCCCUAGUGCUUCAGAGUUGGCGUCAGUUUUAUCAUCUUCUUCAGAGAUCACUGACAAAGAUGGGGAUGGUGAUGAUUCUGGGUACCCAGUUAACAGACUCAACAAGGGACAGUAUUGGAUCCCUACCCCUUCCCAGAUUCUUAUUGGCCCUACACAGUUCUCUUGUCCUGUUUGCUGCAAGACCUUCAAUAGAUACAACAACAUGCAAAUGCAUAUGUGGGGGCAUGGAUCUCAGUAUAGGAAAGGGCCUGAAUCACUAAGGGGAACUCAACCAACAGGCAUGCUAAGGCUUCCUUGCUAUUGUUGUGCACCAGGGUGCAGGAACAACAUUGAUCAUCCACGAGCAAAGCCACUCAAAGAUUUCAGAACCCUGCAAACACAUUACAAGAGGAAGCAUGGGAUUAAGCCUUUCAUGUGCAGAAAAUGUGGCAAGGCAUUUGCUGUGAGAGGGGACUGGAGAACCCAUGAGAAGAACUGUGGGAAGCUCUGGUACUGCAUUUGCGGGUCUGAUUUCAAACACAAGAGAUCUCUUAAAGACCACAUAAAGGCUUUUGGGAAUGGCCAUGCAGCUUAUGGCAUCGAUGGCUUGGAAGAAGAUGAUGAGCCUGCAUCUGAAGUGGAACAAGAUAAUGAGUCCAUGCAGUGAUGAAUAAAUGGAAAUUAAAAGGUGUGCUUAUCAAUCAUCCUCAGCAUAUGGAUGGUGAAUAAUCAUAUUGCUUCUUAAACUAUUAGUCACCAAAAUGGAAAACAGAAGUUGAAACUAAA